UCUCUCUCUCAACUUAUCCUCCAGGUGUUAGAUGCAGUCUGAAACACCUGUAGCUCCGAUGCAGUACGCCAUUGGGUAUCAAUUGUUACAGAGAACCCACAGAGUCAAGUCAUAUAAGAAAUGCUGGAGGUCGUAUACCUACAUGAAAAAUGAGAAUUCUACGUUCGAGGUCAGUCUUCUUUGUGGUGACUUUUAGCGUAGCGCUAUGCAUCUAUUACAUGAAUCCUAUGAAGAGGCUGCUAGCUGCAGAAAUUAAACGUUUUAACUUUCUGAAGAUCAACGACCCAAGCCCUGCGUGGUGGACGAUGUUUAUAUGUAAAGGAAAUGAGAAUGAUACCUACACGAACAUUACCUUACCUGUGCUGAUGAGGGACAUAAUACCUUCACUGGACAAAAACGUGUUUUUGGUCGAAAGUGCUUGCAAGUCCAAUCCUUCUUACCGUGCCUGGUGUUCUGUUGAAAGCUACACUCGUGAGAAUCCGAACGCUGAUGUGUGGUAUGUGAUGACUUCGCCGAUAGUGAACAACACUGACACCCUGCCUGGUCGUCUGCUCGACCACUAUCCAAAUCUUCAUUUUGUUUUGGCUGACUUGGACUUGAUCUUCAAUGGCACUGUACUUGAAGAGUUUUUCAAGUCUGGAAGAUGGCAUAAGAACACCCCCUGGCCAGUCAUACAACUGAGUGACCUCCUGAGAGUCGUUCUAACGUGGCGGUUCGGAGGUUUUUACUCGGACACCGACACCGUGUGCAUAAAGAAUGUUUCUCCUCUUGAGAACUCUGUCGUCACCAGCCACUCGAGGAGAGAUCACAUUUCCAACGGCGUGUUUCAUUUCAAGCAUCAUCAUGAAUUCCUAACGAUGGUCAUGUCGACGAUGAUUCAGUAUUACCAUCCAAGAUCUUGGGGCUCAAUGGGUCCUUCUACGUUCAACAGUUGCGUUCAGCGGUCUUGCAAUUUAAAGAGGUUGCGGGACCUGUUUCCCACGAACAGCUCAGACCCCGUUACAUGUGGCAAUCUUACCGUUCUACCUGAAUAUUACCUGCUACCUUACCCGUGGAAUCAAUUUAGGAAAAUAUUUGAACCUGGAAAGUGGAAUGAUUUUGUUGAGACCCAUACGAAGACGUACUCGAUCCACGCGUAUGGCAAAGUAAAUAAGGGAAUGCUGGUUAGAAUCGGAUCCAACAGCAUCUAUGAAGGAGCAGCAAGGACUUUCUGCCCCCUCUCUUACUUUCACGCGAGUGCCAAUAAUACCGCAUUCCGAUAAACCAGAUAGUAAAAUAAUGGUACAUAUUUAAUGGUAUAUUAGCACAACCGAGUUUAUUUGUGAUAUCACACAUACAUAAACAUCAUCUUCACACACACGUACAACACACACACACACACAGACACACACACACACACACAGACACACACACACACCACA